ACCUGUUACGUAUCGGAAUUGAACAACUUCCUGGACUUCUGGAUGUAGAAGUUGGAGCGUUCAGAAAUGCUUGAGUGAGAAGUUAGUUAUCAGAAUGGAGGUUCUUGAUGACUUCCCCUGAAAAUACACGACUUGUUAAGUCAGACUUUCAGUAAAAUGGAUCCCUCAAAUAGCCCUGGUGAUCUAGGAGCGGACCCUCUCAUCCUUGAAAAUGAUGGCAAACAGUUUGCAUAUCUGGCAGUGGAGAAUGACAAAGCUGGGAGAUAUGACACAGCAAUGUUUUACUACAAUGAGGCAGCCCAGGCACUCCUCUCAGCAGCUCUGGCUGGAUCAACAAUGUCAGGCAUCAUCACCCACGCCAACGAAUACAUCCUUCGAGCAGAGGCUCUCAGAUCAAAUCUGCAGGCAGCACCAGUAAACCAAGGACAAAAAUCUCAAGAAAAGAUGGAUCUAGAAAGAGCGACAUUUCUUCUUCACCAAGCAUUUGACGAGGACGAAGCAGGGAAUGAGACAGAGGCUAGAGAACUGUAUACAGAAUCUUGUGACCUGUUCCUCAACAUUAGAAAGGCAGCCAUGGAGAGAAAGGACAAAACACUAACAGAUAAGGUUACCGUCCUAGCAACAAAAGCUCUGGAUAGAGCUGAAGAAUUAAAGAAAAAGCAGGAGGGUCCUGCCAAGAGCCCUAAACCAGUGCAGACACCUCAGAAUGAUGGAAGAGGGAUACCACCACUGGGAUAUGGGGCAUUUCUUGAUGAUGAGAAUGAGAGAGGCACACCACAGGCCACUCGGCAGAAUGUAAGGCCUCAGGGCCAGUCCUCUACUGGAUUAGUAAAUGUUGGACCCUCAGGUUAUACAAAGGAGGAGAUAGCCACAAUCAGGAAAACAUCCUUCAUCAACAGUCGAGAAUAUGUGCCUUUUAUGAGUGUAGACAUGAAGGAAAGAUUCGCCUACCCCAUGCCUUUUGAAGAUAAACAUGGAAAACUAAGCCUUUCUCCAAAACAGAAGAAAAAUUUAUCUGGUUGGGUACGACCAGAAGAUUUUCAGGACGACCCAAAACUUAUUCUGGCUGUUUCUUGUUUUAGCAUCAAGCAGACUGUCGUAUCUGACUGCAGUUUUGUAGCAUCUUUGGCCAUCAGUGCUCAAUAUGAACGUCGCUUUAAAAAGAAGCUGAUCACCAGCAUAAUCUACCCACAGAACAGACAGGGACAGCCUGUGUAUAAUCCAUGUGGCAAGUACAUGAUCAAACUCCACAUUAAUGGAGUACAAAGAAAGGUUGUAAUAGAUGACUUUUUACCAAUGGGACGAGAUGGCCAGCUGCUAUGUUCCUUUUCUAACAAUAAGAAUGAAUUGUGGGUGUCACUGCUGGAGAAAGCCUACAUGAAAGUGAUGGGAGGAUAUGACUUUCCAGGGUCUAAUUCAAGUAUAGAUCUACAUGCUCUUACUGGCUGGAUUCCUGAGAGAUUAGCCUUACGCAAAAAGUCAAAGGAAUUUGAUCGCGACAGAGAAUUCAGACGAAUCUUAGAUCGUUUCCACAAAGGUCACUGUCUCAUCACUGUAGCAACAGGAGAACUGUCCGAGGUUGAAGCUGAUCGUGCUGGACUUGUACCAACCCAUGCUUAUGCUAUGCUUGACAUACGUGAAGAAAUGGGUAAGAGGUUAUUCAUGUUGAAAAACCCCUGGAGCCACUUAAGGUGGAAAGGCAACUUUUCAGAAGUAGACAUGGCAAACUGGACUCCGCAGUUACAGAAACUCCUAAACUAUGACCCGAAAAGUGCUCAGACCUAUGACAAUGGGGUUUUCUGGAUAGAUUAUGAUUCUCUGCUCCAUUUCUUUGAUGUCAUCUACCUGAACUGGAGUCCAGAACUCUUCAAAUAUACACAUUGUGUUCACUCUACGUGGGCAGCUAAGGAAGGUCCUAAGAAAGACUCCUAUAAUAUCAGUGACAACCCCCAGUACAGACUGGAGAUCAAAACAGCACAACCUGCAGCUAUCUGGAUACUUCUGACACGGCAUAUAACAGACAAGGAUGACUUUGCAGACAAUAAGGAGUUUAUCACUUUACUGGUUUAUAAAACUGGUGGCAAGAAGGUCUUCUAUCCUUAUUCCCCGCCCCCAUACAAGGAUGGAGUGAGAAUCAACACACCACAUUACCUAUGUAAGAUGGUAGAGGAAAGAGGGAGUACCAGUUAUACUCUGGUUGUGUCACAGUAUGAGAAAAACAACACAAUCCACUACUCACUACGGGUCUAUGCCUCGUGUGAGUUCACCAUGACAAAGAUACUGGAUCCCUACCAAAAACAGUUUGACAAACGGAUAAAUGGUCAAUGGAAGGGUAGAUCUGCAGGGGGCUGUAGCAACUACAGUGAUACCCACGGCCUCAAUCCAAUAUACCAAGUACAGCUUGACAACAGUACGACGGACAACUACAUUAUGAUAGAACUGCUGGGACCAAAGCAAUACAGUGUUGGAUUUGAGGUACGAUCAGUUAGUGAGAAUGUUCCGGGAGCUCCUGGAACAUUCACAAAGACAACCUCUGGAGAUUUCCGUCCUGGAUACUGUGUGUUGCAGUUGGAUAAGCUAUCAGGUGGUGUUUACAACAUACAGCCCUGUACAUUCCUACCCAAUCAGGAAGGACCAUUCUUCCUUGAUAUAAGUAGUGCAAAACACUUCAAUGUGGCUCAAAUACAGUGAUCUUUGUCUAUCCAUUCAUCAUCUUACAAGAAUCAACUGUCGUUAAUUAAAGUUCUAAACACUUCACAGUGUUUCCUUGGCAUGCUCAUUAGACCAACGAACAUGUUGUUGAGGUACUGUGCUUAACAAGCAGAACAUGCCUGUUCCUACAAGGGCAGAUAACAGACAGUUGAUGGAAACAAAACCAUGGAUAACUGUCUGGUACAGUGGCUAUACAUUGGAUUUCAACUUCAUUGAGGAACUCCCUGUCACCAGAAAUAUCAUUCUACGAUAACACUUGUGCUGAUGCAAUGGUAUAGGGUACGUGAUGUGUUCCCUGACAGUGAGCUGUUUCAGACAACACAAUAUCCAGGGGUUUAAAAGGUUAAAGAUGUAUCACAGGGAAGCAUCGUUGUGGUCUAGAAAGGUUUGAGAAAGGUUGAUAAGGAAAUCCAAACUCACUCAGGGCACAUUGCCUUCUUAUAGUAGUAAGUGAUAUUAACAAUUAAGUCUGGAGGCUUAUAGCAACAUCUUCUGUACCUUAAGUGCUGUAAAUGACUGAAGGUGUGUGUCAUUUUGAUUGUGGAGUGUUAUGAAUCCAACUAACUGUGAUAUAAAAGGAGCCACUGAAGGAGAUAUUCUAUUUUGUCUCUUUCAACACCUCAAAUGUAUGAUGCAUGAAGGUGAACCUUGAUAAUUGUGCUAAAUAGUUUACAUGUUGUUUCAAGUAGAGACCUACAAAUGUGUGAUACAAGUGUCGAUUUCAUGUUUUUCAAUUAGGUUUGAACUUUCAUUUUAUAGAAAAAUAUAGCAUUUGUUCUGUCCUCAGUUCCAACAGGUUAUAUGUCAACUUUUAAACCUGUUCAGGGUUCCUUAUUGAAGACAAGCUAUAUGUGGUUCUGCACAUCCUCGAUACUCCAGGGAUUACAAUCAUUUUCACUUUCAGCAUAGAUAUAUCAUAAAAUGUUUACUUACACAACACAAAAUAGAAUAAGUAGAAAAACUGCCUUCCAUUAAAAUCGUUUUUUUCCUUGUUAACAUUCUACUUCUGAAUGAAUGAUCAGAGUUCAACCAACUUCUAUUGGUCUGAAACCAGUAUUUUACAACAUCUGAUCUUGUCAAGGAAGGCUAUUAAAAAAAGGACUGCCUUAAAUCUAUAGAUAAUAUUCAUGCUAUAACAUGUAGUGAAAAACGUUUUGCAGUCCUGACAAUUAUGUUGAUUUAUUUGACCUGUCUUCCUCUAAUAGUUCUGUGAAUGUGUUGUAGAAUCAGUAAUCAUCAAGGUGGCGCUUUGUACGUGCUACUCAAUCAUCUGAUAUAUUUCUUAGUUCUCAGCAUUCACAAGUCUUUGGUAGACAGACUGAAUAUGAAAAUGUUCUCUUAAGAAUAGAGGCUGUUUUUGGUAUUGUUCUCUUAUUGGCUUAGUCAAAAUUAUUCUGACAUUCUGUCAACUUUCUUAUAGCAGUCUGGUUUUGUUGAACAUCAGAACUCUUGAUUCCACAAAAAAGUAUGGCAAAUAGGCAAAUCAUGCCUGUGUCAGCAUCUGAAAGAUUGGAAAGAAUGGUCAUUCCACUUACAUGGUGCAGCUCUGAUGGUCAUCCAUCAACCAUCCCAGUCCGAUGUUAACAAGAGUUCCAUGGGGGCCCUGUAUUGUUAAACUGGAUAUUUCACUUGAAAAUUAUGUUUUGCCCAAAGAUGAGAAAUUUCGGGCGAAUUGGACUUAAUUAUUACUAAUGACUAUUUUUUUCUAUAUUAUCUUGGUUUUCAGUAUUAUGCUUUCAUUGCAGACCUCUGAUUUACACAAAAUUUAGUUCCCUUCACCCAAGGAUAAUUGAAACCAAAUUUGGUUGAAAUAUUUUCAUUGUAACAGAAGACAAUGGAUAUCAAGUAUUACAUCUAACCUAUAGGAUCACACCCUUCAAUCUGCAGGAGGGUGAAACCUACUGUUUACCUGAAAUUGAGAUCCCUUUAAAAGACGCUUUGGACUAAGUUUCAAAAUUGUGUCAUUCCUUGAAAUAAGAAUUUGCUUAAUUGCCUUAAUUCCCUCCCACCACUCUGGUACCACGGACAAAAGACUUACAAUUCCUCUCAACCCUAGCAUGUAUCUAAACAAAUUUUGUGAAAAUGCUGUCAACCCAAUAGAAUAAGAAAAAUGCAUAGUAAAAUGUUUCCUCUAUCUUCACUACAUAUAUAUAGUCCCUGACUCUUUCCAUCCAGGUGAGCUAAAAAUUGAUAGAAUGUCGGAAUAAUUCCGGUUAUAUUGGCUAAGACAUUUUUGCUAUUGACUUUUCUUUCAGGUUACACAAAUUUGUUGUACACAAGUUCUUCUCUUUAUUGUGUCUAUAUAAAGUAACUAGUGGUGUUUUAUAUGAAAAUAUUGUUUUGUGUUAAACAGAACAAAUAGUUUAACAGUAAGAAUCAUUAUGUCUUGUGUUAUACAUACCUACAAUUUUCCACCAAUCAAUAAUGGGACUUGGAAAUAAUACAACAUGAUUGUUUGACCUGGGUGCUCUGGGUGAUUUUGCAGUCAUAAACUGAGUACCAACCAAGGCAGUAAUAAUAGUAACGAUGAUGAUUUAUGUACGUUGUUAUAAAAUAUUCAUGAAAAGCAAUAAAAACUUAAACACAUACUUUGUUCUUCAAAUCAUGAUAUAUUUGAUCACAUAGUUUAUCUUAAAGAGGUAUUCAGUAACAUUUUGUGAAAAUUUAUCAUUAUUUUCAAAAAGGUAACAUCAUUGCAAUGAUGUGCAUGCCAACCAGGUAUUUCUACCAUCAGUAUACAAAACCAACACAAGCUUGAUUAGUAUAUGGUAAAUGUUCAUGUUUUUUUAUUUAUAUAAAAUGAGGCCUGUUAGCAGAUCCUCUGUCACACAUGGUGAUAUGAAUGCUCUGAAGGAAUUAAAAAGAUAUUAAAAAGAAGCCAAUCAAUUUGAUUUGAAGUAUUAUUGAGGUUGGGAAUUGGACAACUUAUAAAUUACACUCAAUAUUUACAUUUAGAUAAUUAGAGUCUGAAUAGCUGACACAAACUACUGCAAUUUUUAUAUUCAUCCCACUAUGUUUGUUUCAUUCAAUUAGGCUGAUAAGAUGAAAACCAACUCUAUCAGAAAGUCACAUAUAUUUAUGUAACUGCUAAAUUAUAUGACUGCAUACUAUGUCUGAUAAAUAGAUCACUAGCAUGUUUAAGUAGACAUUUUGUAAUAUACACAACCUGUUUCUCCAAGAUUUGAUAAUUUAAUAAUA